AACAUGCGCUAUUUACAUGCAUUUAAAUAUUUUAUUUUAUUUACAAUAUUAAUAACAUUGACUAAGAAAUCAUUAGAGAAUAAAUUAUACAAAUGCCCGAGAUUUUGUAAAUGUGAUUUAUAUAUUAAUCUCAAUAGGGCAACAUGCAGUGCUAAACAUCUGGUCAAUGCUGCUGUAGAUGUUCCGAGUUCUGUGCAAAUAUUAGAUUUAAGCUACAAUGACAUACGUCAAGUGGAUGAAAUUUGCUUUAAGAAUUUUCAUUUCCUGCAAUAUCUCAAUUUAUCUCACAAUGCUUUACACACCAUUUCCUUGGAGACAUUUAAUAAUCUUUAUUUAUUAUAUGAUUUGGACUUGUCAUAUAAUCGCUUGGAACAGUUGGAUGAGCGUUUAUUUGAAAGAAAUCCCCAUUUAUUUAAAUUGAACUUGGAAGGCAAUAAACUGAUGUCUUUACCCGCUCGUUCAAUGCUUCGAAGUUUCUCUUUGCAUUCGCUAAACUUGAGAAACUCUCAAUUACAUUUUAUAGACAAGGAAAUUUUUCGCAAUUUACCCAAUCUUCAAGUAUUGGAUUUAAGUCAAAAUCUAUUGAUUAAUUUAGAGGUUGAGACAUUUAAUGCGUUGAUAGGAUUAAAGCGUUUGGAAAUAAAUGAAAAUCCUUUGCAAUGCAAUAAAAAGCUACAAGAGAAUAUAAAACAAUUGCAAUAUAAAGGCAUCGAAUUGAGUAUUGAUUCUUGUACAGUCGAUAAAGAUACGAAUCUAUUGCAUCAUGUGCAUAAAUUUGAGAAAAUAAUUUCACCAGAAGCAGUUUCGAACGAUCAAGAAGAAGAUUCCAAUGAAAUCGAUGCCCUACAAUGGAGGAAUUAUUUGAACGCCGUAAACGAAGGAAGUGGUUUCAUCUUUCCUGAAGAUGACGAAGAAAUCAAAAGUGAAACAAAAUUAUGUGAUAAGCAAAAUGAUGCAAAAUUUGCUUUCCUAUUAGGCUUGGUUGUUGGCGUAACCACAGCACUUUCUAUGAUUGUUUGCGCUUUGGCUAUUACGGCUUGCUUCAGUAAAACUACCAAGGUCACAGAUAAUUUACCGGAAACCUCCAACCGAAGAAUGAACGACCGGGAAACUCUAAACCCUGGACAUGAGCAGUCAGCUCGUGAAAUUACAACCGCAAAUAAUCGACUUUCUCGCAGUGAGAGAAAUCGUCAACGAACUGUUGUUCGUUAUGACGGUCCUUUGCAUGAAAAUUUUAUUUCACGGUUAUUUGGGCGUCCGGCCCGUCACCAAUACUAUCGUAGCAUUAAUCGAAAUACCGCAACACUUAUUAGAUGCUUAAGCCGCAGUAAUUUGCUUAACAAUCGUUUAACAAAUUUGACACAACCUGUUGAAGGACGGCAAACAAAUUAUGCGGUCAAUAGGGAAGAAGACGAAACAAACACUCAAACUGAAGAUUUUCUCUCCUCUGAAUCGUCAGCAUCAGUUAGCGAGAGACAAAGACCAAUGACCCCACCACCUCCUUACAAAGACGUUGUUCUUGAAGAUAAUGGUUAUAGAACGGAAUAAACAGAGUGUAGAAGAAACAUUCAUAUAUCAUUUACAUUCUUCUUUGAAACGUAAACCUUACUAAGUACGCGCAAAGUUAAACGCUUUGAAUUCAACUUAAAUAUUUGCAUACCACAUUAUUUAAUUUACAAUGCGCUCUGACGUCACUCAUUUCAUGGUCAUAUGCUGCUCAUCAUCAAUAGCUCUAUUUCAAGUGUGUACUUUUUGUUUGCCUGAACUGAAACUGAUUUUCGAUUAAAACAGACAAUUAGCAAUGAUAUCAAUGAAGGUGGUGGCUUCAUAUAUUUUUUUCAUAGGUUUUAUUAAAACUAUAUCGAUCAGUCAAGAUUGGCUUUAUUUUCGGGAAAGAGUUUACCACAAAUUCAAGCCAAGUUGGAAAGAGAGAAGCGAUAAUUGCGACUACAAUUCUAUCUAUGCGCAAGUCAUUUAAAACCCUUUCCUGUGCUAACAAUGAAAAAUAUAAUUUAUUCUCAAAAAUCGAUUAUUUGUCUGCGAAAAACUUUCUUACAAACUCUUAGCACAUCUCAACGUUUAAAUGUAUUUAUAUGAGUGAUUCAAAAAGUCAAUACACACCUUAUUAGAUAAUUAAUAGAAAUCGACAAUAAACAAAAAAAAACACGUCAUUGACCGAAGACCGUCUGUUACGAAGGUUCAACAUAUCGUAAUGGUAGAGCCCUUUCCGACAUAGCACGGAACUCCUAGGCCAUGACCAAUUCCCAUUUCUCUCUCCUUACUAUCUUCAGAUCUUAUUACGCGUAUGAUGUACGUACGCUCGACGAUUGGUUAUAAAAAAGACAAAUCUUUUAAAAAGAAGAAAAAAGAGAUCCACAAAAAAGUUAAUUAAACGGUAAUGUGCGCAAAAAAGCAAGAUUAAUUUUUCUAAAUUUAUAUAACAAGCAAAUGUAAUGGGACACGGUCAACUACUAAAGACCCUACACCACUUCGCUAAAUACAGUUAUUCAUAGAACGAAUUUUUAAGAUACGGACUUAUAUGGCAAAUGAUCAAAUAAGUGAUCCGAACCAUUUUCAAUAGCGGUCGUCUUUGGGUCGCAACGCGUCGGUAUUCCAAAGUUCAUCAAAACAUCUCCAAAAAUACGACCCUUAAGUUGAACAGAGGAAUAGAAAUGGAAAGAUAUCUGGCGGACGAAUGGACAGACAAACUUAUAUCUAAUCAGAAAAUGUUUCUGAAUCGACUACUGUAACGAAAGGUGAUUCUCUCUUAAUUCCCUCUCGGUGUUGUAUACUCAGCACAAGCUUAAAAUAUCCUUAUACCAUAAAGGAUGAUAGCUUGCUAUAGAAGAGAUUUAAUUAAAACGUAAUUAAUCCCAUUUUGAGUCCAGUAAAAAUCGGUUAAUGCUUCUAAAUUUAUAUACCGAAAAUAUGAAAAAUUUUAUUAAUUUUAAGCCUUCGACAUAUUUAAAUAAUAACGUACUUUUGUCAAAAUCGUAUAACUUUAGAUUUAAUUAGAAAAAAGUUGAGAAGGAAUAAUUUUUGCAAAAUAAUUUGUUUACUUGAUGCGGCCUUUCCAUGGGCAUGUCACGUCGUUGCGUCAAGAUUAAGAUAUCAAUAACUCAUGAUUCUUUCAAGAAAUCUAGGUCUAAAAAAUUCCAACACUUAGAGUGCGCGACUAUGUUCAUGAAGUUGGCUUUUCGCUUCUUGAUUUAAAGCCGCGCCUACCUUCUCUCUAACGCCGUAUCCUCUUAAUUCCUUUCUCAAAUAUAUAGGGGAUUCAUUUAAGCUGACAAGAGAAGUAGGCAGAAAACACAAGGUGAUGUUCACCCUUCAUUUACUGUAAGUAAAUACAUUUUCUUAAAAGGAUUGUCAUUUUUUUCUCUUUCUUUCAAGUUCAGAUUCGAUUCCAUAUAUAAUGUAAAAACUGGAAGAAAAAGUAAGGCUUCGGCUGCAUUGUAUGCAAUGACUAAUUGCAUUUUUUAAUCGCUAAGUGUUUACUUCAUCGUUUGGAAAUUUUACUGAAAUGGUCUAAUAAUACUUGGCAAUGUGUUUGAGUGUUUGGUUGUUUAUUACUCAUUAAUAACAUAUUGGGCCAAUCUCAACAAACAUGUGUCACCGUCUUUUUUGCUAACUGAUGUAAAUGAUUUGGUUUCAACCGAAAACAGCAGCUCACCCUCAAAAGCAAAAUAGCAUCAUUUCUUCUUCUCUCUAAGCGAUCAAAAAAUGCUUGUUUUUGAUGGAAGCCAUAUUUGAAAGGUGUUUUCAUGUCUGACGAAGAAAUGUUUUUUCUUAGUUUAAUCUAACCAAGCGCUUUGGAAAUGGAAGGGACGGUAGCCUAAUGGGUGCGUGUGCAAUCGAUGAGUGUUAUACCCUUACUCAGUGAGUGUUUACUGGGGUAUAACACCAGAACUUUCCAGCGGUUCGUUCGAAGAAAUUUAUUAUAAAUACAACGAAAUAUAAUCUAAUUUCACAGAGAGAGUUCUAGCAGUACUAUCUAUACGGGUAGGUGGCAACGGUUAAAUAAUGAAGUUUUUGAAAUUUCCGCAACGAUAUUAGAAGAUCAAACGAGAGAUAAUGAAAUGAUGUAACUAAUAGCUACAUUGUUCUUCAUUGUAGGAUGAUGAUGUAGGAUGAUGGAUUUGGAAAGAUAUUUGUUAUUUUCUAUGGGUUAGUGAACAAAAAUUUUUUGAAUAUUCAAGAAUUAUGCUAUCAUAAGGAAUUCUUGUUAGAAACCGCAAGACAUGCUACGCGUUCAUUUUAUUAACGUACGUACAGAUACGGACGGAAAGAUGGGGAGAGGUCGCAAGCAUAACAUAACAACAAAAUGAACGAAGUGUCCCCAAAAUGGGACGUAUAACUUCUGAAAAUGAUGAGCAUUUUUGAUGGAUAAUAUUCCUUUGUAAAUAUAAUUAUAUUUAUAAUUGUAAUUAUGUAUAACUUUCUCAAGCGAGAAGAACCUUUCUUCGUUUCGUGAAGAACCAAACUUUACUAUAGCUUUCCUACAAAUAAUCAUAAAAAGGUG